GUUUCGAUUUCUUAAUUUCUGUUUGGCUCAUUUUUCCAUCAAUCAGGAAUUAGAGUCUCAGAAUGCGAAGCUUUCAUCUCAACUCUCCAACUGUUGUUGUAAUAAGACAGAGGAUAAAUUCAAUGAGUUCAGUUUAGAAUGUAUGAAUUCAGUUGUGGAAAGUGAGAGGAAAAAAGAUGGAGGUGAUAAAACGAGGAAAAAGAAAGCAUUAGGAAGAGUGACAGGUUACGAUUUUGGGACUAUGAAACACCACUCAAAGAGAUAUGUUGCUCUAAAAGUCAUGUAUUUUGGUCAGAGGUAUAUAAUGUUAUAAUCUGUUGCAUUAUUUAUGUGAUUUAUGUGGAGGAAGAAAUACGAAUAGCAACUUAAAACUCAAGUGGCAGAGAAAGAUUUAAAAGGCUGAUAAUUCAAGAAUCAAAUCAAUAUAAUUUACAUUGGCUAGAUGGGACCAACUGCAGCACUCAUCACUAUUUCACUUUAACUAGGGAAGUAUUCUUUUCUUGGAAUGACACCAUGGAUAUGCUUGGAUGUGUACUCCUUAGCAUACCAUUUUGAGAAAGACAAGUUGAGUCAGGGACCAAUUGCUAGCUUUAUUGUCUACUUUCUUGUUAUCUCUCAAGCGCUGACUUAAUGAUGACAAAAAUUUUCUAUUCCAAGUACCACACUAUUAGGCCCCUCCAAUGUUUAAUCUUGGUUGGCUGGGUAAAAUUGCCAUGUCAAUUGUAAUUUGAAUAGAUUUCUCUGUCACAUUGAAAUGGCUGCUUGUAUGUUUUGUCUAUUUUCUCAAUUUUCCAUUGUGUCAUUAGAUUAGAAUUAUGAUGGUACUGGAAAGCAAAAUUAAUGUGUCUCAAUAAGGCAGGUUUUAUGGUUUUGCUUCAGAGGCACAAAUGGAACCAACCGUUGAGUGUCAAUGCAGUCUGAAAUUUUCAAAGCUCUUGAGAAAACAAGGCUUUUAGUUGGUGACAAGAAGGAAUCACAGUACUCGAGAUGUGGCAGGACAGACAAGGGGGUUUCAUCUGUUGGGCAAGUGAUUGCCUUGUUUUUACGUUCAAACCUAAAACAGAAUGGUACAAAUGGCGUUUCAGGAGAAUUAGUUCCAGAGACACAUACUGACAGAGAAAUUGAUUAUGUGAGAGUUCUGAACCGUGUGCUUCCAAAAGAUAUACGAAUUUUAGGAUGGACUUCUGUAUCAAUUGAUUUCAGUGCAAGAUUUAGUUGUUUGGCUAGAGAAUAUAAAUACUUCUUUUGGAGAGGAAAUCUAAAUCUCUCGGCUAUGGAGUGUGCAGGUAAAAAAUUUAUUGGAGAACAUGACUUCAGAAACUUCUGUAAGAUGGAUGCAGCAAAUGUACACAACUAUAGGCGGCAUAUCACAUCAUUUGAAAUUUUUUCUUACGAUAUGAGGUUUGAAGGAAAUGAGCUUUGUGUAAUCAAAAUAGAAGGUAGUGCCUUCUUAUGGCACCAAGUCCGGUGCAUGGUUGCUGUACUAUUUAUGAUUGGAGAAGGCCUUGAAUCCAUUGAUGUUGUAGAUGCAUUGCUGGAUACUGAGAAGACCCCAAGGAAACCUCAGUAUGCCAUGGCUCCAGAGCUACCACUGGUCCUUCAUUCCUGUGAAUUUAAAGAUGUGAACUUUACUUGUUCAACAGAUGCUUGGCAGGCACUGUGUACACAAUUGGAGAAUGAAUGUAGAAUGUACCAGCUCCAAUCUGCAAUAUUUCGUGAUGCUCAUCUUAGCUGUUUGACUUUGGCAGAAGGUGCAGAGCAGAGCUCCCUUAAUAACGGAAAGUCUAAGAAGCCAGUCUCCCAUGUUCCUCUCUUGUCAAGGCCAACUGAACCAUCAUAUGAAGAACGAUGUGCCAAAUUGAACUCAGGAAAAUGAAAGCAGAAGAAAGCAUUUAAUGCAAAAGGAGCAGCGGAGGUGACACCGAACACCUUUUUCUUUACAAAAAUUUUCCCUCAUUCUGUGUAAUGUAGCACAUAAAUCCAUGCAUGAUUCUUUUGUAUUUUUAUAUAUUACUAGAGAAAGAAUGGUAACCUUAUAUAAAUGAAUUAUGAUGAACUCAGUGAGGGGCACCUAUUCACCAC